AUGGAGCUAGAUGUGGAUUUGACUGCACUGAAACCUGCCCGUGAUAUCGAUGAUUAUCCGAAAAUGCCCGAAAUAGCAUUCGAUAAGGACACUAAUAAGAGAAGCGCAGUAUCGAAAGAGGAGGAACCACCUAGCACUAACACUACGACGCCUUUCUUCCCCGAAGUGACUACCGAAUCUUCUUCAUCUCUGGAAAAGCACAAGUUUCCUUCAAUGAGAACGGAGGAGAUCACCACGGAAGUCUCUAUCAAAGAGCUCAAUCAAAACUCGUCUUCUUCCACGGGCAGUACUGUGAGUGGUUUGGAAGAAGGUGAAGAUUUGGAGCUAACGACGCAAGAACCGGAGCCGGAGACAACCGAGUUUAUCAUAACCACCACCACACAUCCUCCGUACUGCAUACCAUACCGUGACCAUCCCACCAUUUCUCGUUGCCACAAAAGUCUCAUGGCGAAGUUGUCUGCGAUCGCGGGGGAAUCACCGGAAUCUGCUUCUGUACGAUUUCCACUCUACAAUGUUUCCAUUGAUACCUUGGUCGAGCUCUGCGAUGACUUUGGGGAUGCAAAGAAAUGCAUGGACGGAGUGGAAAAUCUCUGCCGACAUCCGCUGCUUGAAUUCUUCGACCAACAAUUCACUUCUACCUGCAAACUUCUAAAAAUGAGAGAUUUUGACGUCGAUUACGUCUGCAUACAAGAGAAGCUAAUUUCAAGAACUGACUGUAUGGUCUACAUAAAUGGAACAGUGCAUCCCGAAGACAAAUGUACUGGACAUGAAGAUUUUCUAAGGUGGAGUUACUGCUGGAUGUUGCUAACAAGCUAA